GUGUGCGUCGCCGUAUCUGAUGCAGCUGCUCGCCGUCCUCGACAAUGGCUCGACCGAACCUCUCAACGCGGUGCCUUUUGAGGCAUUGGUUAGCCCCGCGAUGAUCAUGGAGUACAUGAACCAAGAAGACUUGCACGAGUACAUCCAAAAGAAGAAGUACGGUGCGCCAGUGGCCAUGGACGUGUCGACAACCGAUGUCGCCUUGGUGCUGGCGCGCGCUCUGGCCGACCUCCAUGGACAAGGCAUCAUCCACCGCGAUGUCAGAAGUCACAACAUCUUUUCUCUCAACGACGCACUACAUUCGGCUCGGAAACAUUGGGUCUUCACGCGCACAUGACGACAUGGCGACGUCCGGCUUUGUCACCAAGUACUGGAUGGCACCCGAAGUGCUUCGCGAUCGCUUCGGUGGAGUACGCCCAGCGUACACGGCGGCCGCCGACAUCUACGCGCUUGGCGCCGUCUUGACGAAGCUCGACACACUGCAGGAGCCGUACUAUGACGUGAAAGACCGCUGGUCGAUCGAGGAAAACGUUCGCACGGGGCAACUGCGGCCGCAUAUGAGCGACACGUGUCCACCAUGGCUCAACGACCUCGUCAACCAAUGUCUCGCAUUCGACCCCGCGGAACGCCCAACCGCUGUAGCCAUCGUAGACCAGCUUUUAUUGCAUCGGGACGCACCAACCGAGGAUGACCAUGGUGAGGCCUUGGACGCCACGUCACCCGCAGAAUCGCCAAGCACGCUUAUGGACCUCAUGGCGUCGGCCCAGCGCCUCCACGCCAUGGGUCUCGAGAUGUGCCUCUACACGGCUGCAAACAAUGGGGACCUGGAUGAUGUCAAUGACCUUUUGCAACGCGGCGUCGAUCCCAGCUGUUGCGAAUCAUUUCUGCAUCGGACGCCUCUCCACAGCGCCAGCUUGCGCGGUGAUGUCGCCAUGGUCGCGAGACUCCUUGCGGCCGACGCCAACGUCAACGCCAUCGAUGCGAAGGCGUGGUCGCCGUUGCAUUUGGCCGCGAUCCGCGGCCACUUUGACGUUGUGACGCGUUUGCUGCAAGCCAACGCUGAUCUGUCGCUUCACAACCAGGCGCGUCACCUCGCGACAUCUGGUGUCACGGCUGCGGCGGUGGCACGCACGCGAGGCCACCUCGCGCUGGCCAAGCGACUCGAUGACGCAACGACGAACGCAGCUCCAUAGUAGCAUGCACCGCUUCUCGUUUGUGUGGUACAUCGUUUUGCGUGUACCGUGGGUCGGCGUGCUGCUUGCGCAAGUCGGCUGCUUUUAUUUGCUUACUAGUUUGUAGCCCGUUUACUAGUACUUACGUAC